AUGUCUGUACUCAUCAUCGACCCAUCCGGCGACUUCCACCUACAUGUUUUGGAAGUGGAUUCCUUUGCAUCUGCCACUUUCCUCGUCUCUCGCAGCACUCUAGAAAAAGACUGCACCCACGACCUCGCCUCCGACAUUCGUGAUUCUCCCACCAAUUUCCUCACUCUCUACAAUGUUGAUAUUAUCGCUAUGGAAACCAUCCUCCGAAUCAUCCACGGUGUUCUCGAUCUCAACACCCAUACCAUCCCCAACAUCCACUCAACAUUCGAUCAAGAAACCAUCGCAACCCUCUACCACAUUCUCGAUCUCGGCAUAAAAUGGUUCAAGACCGAAGAACUCGGACCUUGGUUCUCCAAAUUCUGGGCCGAUCGCAGCGAAAAUGAAAUGUCCUUGUACGAUAUGAAAGUCAUGUUAUACCCAUCCUACAUCUUCCGCCACGCGGAAGCCUUUGCGCGGAUUACCAAAUCUCUUGUUUUGGAGUGGAGAAGUGGCGAGAUGCAUGGAUUGAAUCCGCUGACGGGGCGUGCGGAAUUUCGCUUUGAGCAUAGGAUUUUGAAGCAACUCGUUCGUCUCAAGACUAGAAUCCUCGAGCGCGAAAUCACCAAUAAUCUCCUCGAUCCACUGGAUCAUCUCUGCAAUGAAUUCUGCGAGGCAGGUGGUGAGUGCAUGGUAGCAUAUAACAAGUCAUUGAGAGACUGUCUCGUCAUUCCUUCCAUCGUGCGCAGAAAUUGUUCCAUCAGAGAUAUACUCGAGAGCGAAGAAGUGAACUUCUGGAAUUGCAUUAGUCCACCUAACGCUUCUGAUCACUGUGCAAAUAUCCUAUCCGGUAACCAUAUUGUGAAGAUCAAGAAAAAUGCUUUGAAUUUCUGGGAGGGAAUGUGUAUCGAAUGCGUAUUGCGUACAUCCGGCGGACACAUCAAGCAAGAGCAAUUCUGGGAAGACGGUCGAUACGUGGAAUUACAGUUACAUGGGUCCAUUCGAACUGAUGUCAAAACAUAUAGCUGA